CCAUUAUCAGUAUAUCCAUCUGUGGUGGGUGAAUGGGUUUAUGGAGACAUAAUUUGUAGACUGGUCGGAUAUUUGGAAGUUACAUUGUGGGCCGUCACCAUGUAUACGUUCAUGUGGAUAAGUGUUGAUCGGUACUUAGCAGUUAGAAAACCAUUGAGAUAUGAAACCCUUCAAACAAAAACAAGAUGCCAAUGUUGGAUGGUGUUCACGUGGAUCUCAUCAGCUAUGCUCUGUUGCCCUCCUCUAUUAGGAUUCACCAAACCCCUUUUCGACAAAGAGGCCUAUAUCUGCAUGUUAGACUGGGGCAGUAUGGCAGCCUACAGCAUCACACUCUCUAUCCUGAUUCUUGGCCCAAGCCUAAUAACCAUUGUCUAUACCUACUCGUACAUUUUCAGCAUGUUACGUAAGUUGAAGAGCGGAGUUCCUUUCCAUGACAAGGAGUACGCAACAGCCUUGGCAGAAAAUUUGUCGAAUCCAAGUCACAUGAUGUCUUUUACGUUGAUCUUGACGUUUUGGAUGUCAUGGAUCCCCUAUAUCGGUGUUAAAUUAUACGAAUAUUUCACAGCACCAAUGGAAAACCAUCAGGUUCUGCACUUCGCUAUAGUGUGGCUUGGUUUCCUGAACUCCUUCUGGAAAUCCAUCAUCCUUCUAACACUCAGUCCGCAGUUCAGGCUGGCCCUAAGGAUUUUUUGCAUGACGAUCUGCUGUCGCUACAAGGGCAGGAUGCAGGCAGAGCUCAUCGGAAUGGACGAUGACUGACUACUCGGUUGUUUUUCCGGACAAAUAUCAAGAUUUCCUAUCACGGGAAUUGCAGUGAGAGACUAUGAAUAUUUAGUAGGUACGUUAUG